GUUUAUAGAAUGUUUUUGUAGUGUCUUUAUGUCAAAAGAUCAAGUGUAUGAAAAAGUCGUAACAAAAUGGAUAAUAUUUCUUUUAAAUUUUCUAAAAAUUGGAGACCAUGAUUUUUUGCCAGUUCUUAGGGAAAUUGUUCACCACAGGCCUCAUUUAAAAUAUUGUCCGUCAUUAUUGGCCGAGUUUUCUUCACAAGUACAAAGGAAAGGGAACAGCUGCUAUCACACAAUGUCAUUAUCAUACUUUACAGAUCUAUCUAAAUGUUUUAAUGGAAAGCUGUGGACUGUUGAGAUUGCAAAUAAUUUUUUUAAAAAUUACAUCAAAUAUUUAAGAAAUGAUUCUGUGCUGUCUAAUGCUAGUUCUAGUUCUCUAUCUCAUUUUUCUGACUGUUUUCGAGGUGCAUUUGCUCAUAAAUUUUUGGUUGAUUAUUUGUUGAAACCAAUUGCUGAGUCCUUUUCACAAAAAGGAAUGGCUGAAAAGUUUGUGUUAGACUUAUUCAGUUAGAUGUCAAAUGCCUUCUUAAAGCAACUAGUGAGGAUGAUAAAAAAACUGUUCAAAGUUUUACUGAAUAUCUUAAGUCUUACUUGGCAAAAAAUAGAAGAUAUAUUAACUUGUAUAAAAGAGAAACAUUUGAAAAA